AUGACUUCCACAAAGAAGGUGGUGGAUCGGAUAAAGGGUCCAUGGAGCCCCGAGGAAGAUGAAGCGUUACAGAAUCUGGUCAAGAUCUACGACCCAAGAAACUGGUCGUUGAUCAGCAAGUCGAUUCCUGGUCGAUCCGAGGCCACGACAUCAGUUGUGGCCGUUGAUCCGCCCACAUCGCUCAGCCUCUCGCUUCCCGAAUCUGAGUCGGAGUUGUGUGACGGGUAUAAUCAUAUGGCGUUCGAAUUCGGAUCCAAUCCGAUUGAGAUGAUCAGAAAGGAAGUGAGGAACUACAUGACGGGGAUUGAGCAGAAGGGGCAGUGCAUGCAGACUGAAGCCAUCCGAAACGCUGUCAUAAAACAUAUCGGGAUUAGCAAAAUCGAGUAG